AUUAAGAUCCAAACAAAAGGGUAAACGAUCUCGUCAUUCGUCGCACCAAGCGCACUGGCCGCCUUCCUCACCGACAAAUUCGAUCACUUCUUCUAUUUCUCAUUCUCUACCUCCCCCACACACUCUCUCUCUCCCUCGCUCCCGAAAUGGCGCUCUUCACCAAACUCUACAGGUCGCCUUCCAUUGUCAGACCGCAUUAUCUCUUCCAUCGCCUCCGCUGUAUGAGCAAUGUCCCGGAAAACACCGUCUACGGAGGACCAAAGCCCCAGAACCCUAACCAGAGAGUCACUCUAACCCAUUUGAAGCAAAAGCACAAGAAGGGUGAGCCCAUAAGUGUUGUAACAGCAUACGACUAUCCCUCUGCGGUGCACCUCGACAGAGCCGGCAUCGAUAUUUGUUUAGUCGGUGAUUCGGCCGCCAUGGUUGUUCACGGUUACGAUACCACUCUCCCUAUCUCCCUUGAGGAGAUGCUAGUCCAUUGCCGCGCUGUUGCUCGCGGCGCCAAAAGGCCACUUCUCGUUGGUGACUUGCCCUUUGGCACCUAUGAGUCCAGCGCCAAUCAGGCAGUUGAUACGGCGGUUCGGGUUUUGAAGGAGGGAGGAAUGGACGCCGUUAAGUUGGAAGGAGGUUCACCCUCAAGAAUUACAGCUGCCAAAGCUAUAGUUGAGGCUGGAAUUGCAGUUAUGGGCCAUGUAGGACUCACUCCUCAGGCCAUCAGUGUUCUUGGGGGAUUCAGGCCUCAAGGGAAGAAUAUUUCCAGUGCUAUCAAGGUUGUGGAGACUGCAGUAGCUCUGCAGGAAGCAGGGUGUUUCUCUGUGGUUUUGGAGUGUGUACCUGCGCCUGUAGCUGCUGCAGCAACAUCUUCUCUUCGAAUUCCCACCAUUGGCAUUGGAGCAGGGCCGUUCUGCGGUGGCCAGGUGCUAGUUUACCAUGAUCUUCUGGGAAUGAUGCAACAUCCACAUCAUGCCAAAGUUACUCCAAAAUUCUGUAAGCAGUAUGCACGUGUGGGAGAUGUCAUAAACAAAGCUCUACUUGAAUAUAAGGAAGAAGUAUCAAAUGGUUCAUUCCCUUGUCCUGCCUAUAGUCCAUAUAAAAUCAGUGCAGCAGAUAUAAAUGGUUUCGUGAAUGAACUACAAAAGCUAGGUUUGGACAAGGCAGCAUCAUCAGCUGCUGCAGCAGCUGAGAAGAUAAAAGCAGCUGAAUUAUUUGAUGUUGGAAGUCCAGCAAAUGACUGAAUAUGGACCAAUCUAGCAAAUCUGCCUUUUUAUUAGUACCAGAAGAGCCCAAUAAUUCUUCAAUGCAUUUACAAAUGCUAGGCUAGAAAUGAUGUUAGUGCCUAGUUUUGAAAAUUCCCACGACUUUUUUUUUCUCAUGUAUGAAAACUGAGUUACGUCAAGUAGUUUCCUGAAGUUAUACUUGCUAGUUAUGUCUAAACUGUGAAACCGAGCGUAUCAGAAAGUAAUGUCAACUUUUAUUGGGAA